AUGGAACAGCGGUUAGCAGAGUUCCGGGCGGCCCGAAAACGGGCUGAACUGGCAGCUGGACCCAGCAACUCAAACCAGAGCACACAAACUUCGGAGAAGGCGGAAGCAGCCUCGGGCUGGCUAAGGCGGUUCUGGGUGUGGAAGGCAAGGCGUGCGAGCCCCCAAACCCAACUCAGCCACGCUCAGGAAGCGGCUCAGCCUGGGGACAGCCCAUCACAGCCACCGCAGGAUAAAGACAUUCCUUCGUCGCCACCCCAGAACCAAUCUCUCCUCACCAAUAUCACCUUCUUGAAGGUUCUUCUCUGGUUGGUCCUCCUGGGACUGUUUGUGGAACUGGAAUUUGGUCUGGCUUAUUUUGUCCUGUCCCUGUUCUACUGGAUGUAUGUUGGGACCCGAAACCCUGAUGAGAAGAAGGCGGGAGAGAAGAGUGCCUAUUCCGUGUUCAACCCGGGCUGCGAAGCCAUCCAGGGCACCCUGACUGCGGAGCAGCUGGAGCGGGAGUUACAGUUAAGACCCCCGGAGGGGAUGUAG